GGUGCCGCGCUCACUUCCGGGUGCGGGAAGGGGCAGAGAUUGGUGCAGCCGGGGAGGAAGGAAAGAGGGUCUACGCGGAGCCGCGGAGCGAGAGCGAGUGCCUGAGCAACAUCCGCGAGUUCCUGCGCGGCUGCGGGGCGUCUCUGCGGCUGGAGACAUUUGAUGCAAAUGAUUUGUACCAGGGGCAGAAUUUUAACAAGGUCCUCAGUUCCCUAGUGACUCUAAAUAAAGUAACAGCAGACAUCGGGCUAGGGAGUGAUUCUGUGUGUGCUCGGCCCCCAUCUCAUCGAAUAAAGUCUUUUGAUUCUCUGGGAUCACAGUCUCUACACAGCCGGACUUCAAAAUUGCUCCAGGGCCAGUAUCGAAGUUUGGACAUGACCGAUCAUACCAACAAUCAACUGGUAGUGAGAGCGAAGUUUAACUUCCAGCAGACCAAUGAGGAUGAGCUCUCCUUCUCCAAGGGGGACGUCAUCCAUGUCACCCGUGUGGAGGAGGGAGGCUGGUGGGAGGGCACACAUGGUGGCCGGACUGGCUGGUUUCCCAGCAACUAUGUGCGCGAGAUCAAGGCCAGUGAAAAGCCUGUGUCUCCCAAGUCUGGGGCGCUGAAGAGUCCUCCCAAAGGAUUUGAUACAACUGCUAUUAACAAAAGUUAUUACAAUGUGGUGCUACAGAAUAUUUUAGAAACAGAAAAUGAAUAUUCUAAAGAACUUCAGACUGUGCUUUCAACCUAUCUGCGGCCUUUGCAGACCAGUGAGAAGUUAAGUUCAGCAAACACUUCAUAUUUAAUGGGAAAUCUAGAAGAAAUAUGUUCUUUCCAGCAAAUGCUCGUACAGUCCUUAGAAGAAUGCACCAAGUUACCUGAAGCUCAGCAGAGGGUUGGAGGCUGCUUUUUAAACCUGAUGCCACAGAUGAAGACCUUGUACCUCGCGUAUUGUGCCAAUCACCCGUCUGCAGUGAAUGUCCUCACAGAGCACAGUGAGGAGCUGGGGGAGUUCAUGGAGGCGAGAGGUGCCAGCAGCCCCGGGAUCCUCGUGCUGACCACAGGCCUCAGCAAGCCCUUCCUGCGCCUGGACAAGUACCCUACACUGCUCAAGGAGCUCGAGAGGCACAUGGAGGACUAUCACACCGACAGACAAGACAUCCAGAAGUCCAUGACUGCCUUCAAAAGCCUUUCGGCCCAGUGUCAAGAAGUCCGGAAGAGGAAAGAGCUUGAGCUGCAGAUCCUGACAGAGUCCAUCCGGAGCUGGGAGGGGGACGACAUUAAAACCCUGGGCAGCGUCAUCUACAUGUCCCAGGUCCUGAUCCAGUGUGCGGGGAGUGAGGAAAAGAAUGAAAGGUAUCUUCUGCUUUUCCCAAAUAUCCUGCUGAUGCUGUCUGCCAGUCCUAGGAUGAGCGGUUUCAUCUAUCAGGGGAAGCUACCAACAACAGGAAUGACAAUCACGAAGCUCGAGGACAAUGAAAGUCACAGAAAUGCAUUCGAAAUAUCAGGGAGCAUGAUCGAGCGGAUCUUGGUGUCCUGCGGCAACCAGCAGGACCUGCACGAGUGGGUGGACCACCUGCAGAAGCAGACCAAGGUCACGUCUGCAGGGAACCCCACUGUGAAGCCGCACUCCGUGCCCUCCCACACCCUUCCCUCCCACUCGGUCACUCCGUCCAGCAAGCAUGCGGACAGCAAGCCUGCACCACUGACGCCUGCCUACCACACGCUUCCCCACCCCUCCCACCACGGCACCCCCCACACCACCAUCAGUUGGGGUCCUCUGGAGCCUCCGAAAACUCCCAAGCCUUGGAGCCUGAGCUGCCUGCGACCUGCACCUCCCCUCCGGCCCUCAGCUGCUCUCUGCUACAAGGAGGACCUUAGUAAGAGUCCUAAGACCAUGAAGAAGCUGCUUCCUAAGCGCAAGCCUGAGCGGAAGCCUUCAGACGAGGAGUUCGCGCUGCGGAAGAGCACGGCCGCUUUGGAAGAAGAUGCUCAGAUUCUGAAAGUCAUUGAAGCUUACUGCACAAGCGCCAAAACGCGGCAGACGCUCAACUCAACAUGGCAAGGCACUGACCUGAUGCAUAAUCACGUCCUGGCUGACGACGACCAGUCAAGUCUAGACUCCCUGGGUCGUCGCAGUAGCCUUUCUCGUUUGGAGCCUUCAGACCUCUCGGAAGACUCUGACUAUGACAGUAUAUGGACAGCCCAUAGUUACAGAAUGGGUUCUGCCUCUCGUUCACGCAAAGAAUCUGCUCCACAAGUUCUGCUUCCAGAAGAAGAGAAGAUUAUAGUUGAAGAAACUAAAAGUAACGGCCAGACAGUGAUAGAAGAAAAGAGCCUCGUGGACACUGUGUACGCGCUCAAGGAUGAAGUCCAGGAGUUAAGACAGGAUAACAAAAAGAUGAAGAAAUCUCUAGAGGAAGAACAGAGAGCACGCAAAGACCUAGAAAAGCUGGUGAGGAAAGUUCUGAAGAACAUGAACGAUCCUGCUUGGGAUGAGACAAACCUGUAGGAAUUCCCUUUGUUCUGGUGAAGACCAGCUCCAAGAUGAAGCUGGGGCCUCCUGACCCAGGUCAGGGAUGUUCAGGACUGCAGGGCAGGCUGGACAGAAAGUCACCUUGCUCCCCGAGCUAAUCCUGUGAACAGAAUGAUAAAGCCCUUCUGAAGAACCCAGGCGGGAGGAGACACCGAGGACCUGGGCUGCGCCCAUCUCACUCCUGCCUCCGUCUCUCUCACUUACCUCAUUUUGCAAUAAGUGCAGUGAUGGGCUAAAACUUCUGGUUUUCCAGACUUCGAAUUGAAUAUAUAAAUAUUGUUAUGUAUACGUGUCUUGUAAAUAUUCAUCGUGGAUGCAUGCCCAGAGUGGCUGUGUCUGAGCUCGUGCCUGUGCUGGAAUCUCCUUCCCACCACCAGCCCUUCCAGCGGGGCAGCGAGAAGCCCUCUUCACACACCCGUCAGAGCAGCAGUGGGGAGCUCCUGUGGACGCCUGGUUUGCUCUGCAUCACCGUGCGCUCUACAGGGCUAUAACAGUACUUCCCACCUCAGUGUGUCUAAAUAAUUUAGCCUUAUUUAUGUCUGCAAAGAUGUUUCUUCCCCAUUCGAAAAUCUUGUAGAGCAGUAUUACCUCCCAGACCCGUGGCUCCCAGGGCAGCACACUGGCUGGCUAAGACCCAGCCUGCACUCAAGGUGUCGCUGACGUGGCCCCUUGUCCACCUGCUGGUGCCUGCCCCUCUCUCUCCUUGUGUCUAGGACUGGCAGGGUGUGUUCACUGCAUCUGGGGAUGUUGCCUAGACUCUCCUAUACAGGCUAGUUUAAUAACAUGACAAAAUGCUGUCCCCCCCCAAAAGAGAAAUCUUAACCAGAACCUGUAAAUAAAAUUAUUAUUUAUUACAUCUCGCUGCUCUGGUGGCAGCAGAUAGGUGAUGCUGUGCGCUGAUCCUGGGGGUCAAGUUCACUGUCAGGCCAGUCUGCCUGAGGCCUGCUUUACCUCUGGGCACAGCAGCAGCUGAGCAAGGGUCAAGCAAUACACAUCUUCAGGUCAGCUGAGUUGUGGAAGCUCAGACAUGGGGACAUUUCCUGCUCUGUGUCCAAAUGCAGAUGAGCCAGAGGAAGGAAGCCCACUGGGGCCUCAGUUUUGCUGGUCUUUUGGGGCCCAGGCAGGUUCUACAAGUUCUGAGCAGCCCUGAACAGGAAGCCUGGCCCAUGGGGCCAAGUUUUCUUUCUUCUGCAAUAAAUAAUGGUGACCACAGAACUUGGCUUUGUUUCCCUUUCUCUGAAGAGGAUGAUUUUUAAAGUGAGAUAAACUUUUUCGUAGAGUAAGUGUUGCAUCUUUUAAAACCAAAAUUGCAGCACUAUGUACUCACACGUGUCUCAGAACAACUUGUUUGGCAUCAGAUGUGAUUCUGGUUCUCUGGCUGCUGGUCAGAUUCCCCAUAACUGCACCCACACCCUUUGUGUUCUGAUGCCUUUGAAUCGCAGCUUUGGAAGUGGCUUGUUGUCUGGCUGUUUAAGGCUCUUCCAUGCCCUUGCUGACCCUAGUCUGUGCCCAAGCACGCCCCACCAGUUUCCUGCCCACCUGGGUGCGGGUGCAGGGUCUGUGUGGGCUUCAGAACCUGGCCAUGAUUUGGACCUUUAAGGAGAAUUGCCAAUUACAUGUAUUUAGCAUUUUAUUCAUUGGUGUUAGGACAAGAAAAGACUAGUCUUUUUUGUUUGCUUUUGGUGAGCUCUUUUUUUACGAGUCAUUUUUUGAUGAUGCAGAAGACAUUACAAAGGAAACAGUUAAGCUCAAGCGUGCUGGAGUUUGCUGUCGUGGGCAGAUCUCAACUCAGGAACUACUCUCCUCGGUCACUUCGCUGCUCAGGACGGGUCACUGCGCUGGCCUGCUGGGAGUUAACUGCAGCCUGUCCUCAUGUAGCCAUCAGUGUCACUGUCUAUGCCCCCCUGGAUGGAUCUCUUACAGACCUGCCUUAAUGAUCAGCUCGAAGUGUUUCCUAUGAACACACGUGUUUUAACGUCUCUCCCCCAGCACAGGGCGGCCAUCGGGUCUUGGCGUUCACGCACUCACUGCCUCUUUCUCCUCUGGGUCCAGUGUCUUCCGUGCUUUAGGGAGCAAGGACAUCCAUCUGAGAGCAGUUCUUUGUACACAGCUGCCCUGCUGUGUAUAACUAUCAUUUCACCUUGUGACCUCCCCUGGGAGGGAGUCUGGCUUAGAGGUUCAGGGGCACUGUUUACCCAUGGGCUGCUCUCACCUUUGUGGAUCAUGAGACAAAGCCAUUUUUUUUCCCCUCAGACGUGGAGCACUUUUGGUGAUAAGCGCUGUUAAAAUGUAGCAUCUGAGGCCGUGUCAUCGUGCCCGGUGACAUCUGUGCUUGUUCACAUGCACUGGGCAUCUGGGACAGCCAGGGUGCCCCUCGACAACCAUGGAGAAACUCCUGGUUUAAACAGCACAGGCUGUCCUGUGUGGGCGUGAGUGGACCACUGCAAUGUUGAUGCUACAUUGUUGUAAUUAUUAAACUGAUUAUUUUUCUU